UUGUGUGAUGGACAUAAAUUAUUUCCAGAAGCUUAUGCUUCAAACUCGACAGAUUGACAAAGGUAUUGAGAGCUUAGUCGAGAUAUGGAACCGGCCUCAUGUUUUCAUCGGACGAUUUGCAGAAUGUAGCGAAGAAACAAAUUUUCACAUUGAAGCUAUAUGGAACAAUAUAAAAAAUGCACAAGACGGAAUAGAACAAAUUUCAUUGAAAGUGGAUGAACGCAUAGAAGACGUGGCCAUAGAACAACUUCUUCAAGAAACCAGGAAAGAAUAUGAAUCAUUAAAGGAACAAUGUGAUAACAUAGAACUUGUCUUAGAAAAAUAUGGGUACCAUCAUAAUCAAGACAAUACCUUAGAUGAAACCAAUAUAAGCACUAGUAAGGAGUCCAAUCAGUGUACAUUGCAAGAAAUAACAGAAGUUACAGAAGUUGAAUUUACUUCAAAUCUGAGUUGGAAACAUGAAAUAAAGCAAAAAGAACAAUUGAUGACAGUACCUGAUGUCAGUAAUGAAUCUAUAUCAGUUACAACACCAGUAAUAAAGAAUUUAGCAUCGUUUUCAAACGAUACACCUAUGUCACACAAAGAUUAUAUAUGUCCAUCAGUUGUUUGUACACCAACGAGGGAACGUCCAAAGGAACCAACUUAUUCGAAACACUUUUAUAAUAUAUUGAAAAAGUAG